CUGGAGGAGGAUGUUCACAAAUUACAUGCAGACUUUCUGCAUCAAGUGUCAGCCUGGCAAGAGGAACUUCUCUCUUUCCUUAGAGCGCUCCGUCUCUCUGGUGGACUUGGUGAACGGACUGACUGACUAACUCGCAGGGGCUUUUCACCCUGAUGGAUCCAGAGAGGAGUGAGUGACUAGCAGAGGUGUGGAGGUUUUUCAGGGAGAGAACAGGACACAUGGAAUAUGCCUCAUAUUGGCAAAACUCCACUGCGGAGGUCCUUCAGUGAGCACGUGAAAGUCUCUACCAACAAAGCUUGGGAUGUAUUCUGGAAGAGUGCUAGGGAGAAAAGGCUUUGGGAGAUCGAAGCAAAGGAGGCUUGCGAUUGGCUGAGAGCGGCCGGCUUCCCCCAGUACGUGCAAUUAUACAAAGAUUGCAGGUUCCCCAUUGCUAUAGACUGGGUAAAGAGUGAUCAUGGUUUCCUGGAUAAGGACGCGCUAGAUUCCCUCUGCAGGAGAUUAAACACUUUAAACAAAUGUGUGGAGCUGAGGCUGGAGCUGGGCAGAUCAAAAAGACGGGGGGAGGGGUCAGAGGACGAGGAGCCCUGUGCCAUCAGCACAAAAUGGGCCUAUGAGAGGCGGACAAGGCGCUGGCGUCGCCUGGAGGGAAUGGGCUUCCUCCAUUCACCGGACAGCCAGGGCAUGUCCCUGUGUGACGCCAACGACCGCCACGAGGUCUACUCCCUUCAUAGCACCAGCAGCACAGAGAGCGAGGGCUGUGAGAGCCCCAAGACCGCCAUUGACGACCAGGAGACCAGCGGGAGCUCUUCUCGCUGCUCCAUCAACAAGAUCCCAUCCCUAGACACUUCAUUUAGUGGGCCCCCCUCCCCAGGGGGUGAGACGCCCAGUUUUAGCAGCGCUGAGGAGCGCUUCCUUGACAAGCCCCCCAGGAAGAAUGGCCCCAGUUUGCUGAAGAAGAUGGAAAAACUGCGUCUGAGGGGCACAUCCAACCUCCACUCCCCCGCCCACAGUUGCCUCAGCAGGGCCAGGCUGGUCAUCUCUGGCCCCAUGCUCCAGGAUAGCCUGGAUGUUGAACACAGGCUGAGACGGCUUCAGUGUCUGGACAUCUCCACCCUGCAACACAGGGAUAGGGACCGUCCAGGCAGCCAGGCCUCCUCCUCACCUUCCUCCCCCCACUCAGGCAGCAGCAGCCCCAGCCCUUCAGAGAGCAGCAGUACUGUCAGCACCCCCAGCCCCAUCACCAGAGUACGCAGCAACUGCCGGGUCCGAGAACAGCACCAGGGGGGACUCCACAGAAACCCCGUCCGAGAGCACCAGGACUACACGAACGACAGAAAUAACCAUGAGAGCCUGGUCUUCCAGAUCCCCCAGGGGCACAAGCCAGGCACAUUCCCCACAGCCCUCACCCACAACAACUUCCUGUUGCCCAUAGACAACACCUCCAUCAACUGGAGGACUGGGAGUUUCCACGGGUACCGCGGGAGACGGAGCAGGGGAUGUGCAGCGGCCAAGGACAAGGAUUCCACCUGCUGCAUCUCCCUAGCCUCAUUGGACCACCGGGCCAGUAUCUAUGACAACGUACCGAUAGGCCAGGUGAUUGGCCAGGAGGUGGAGCAUCACGGGGAGGCGGAGACGGGGGAGAUCAGUGAAAACGAUGAUGUCUUCUCCGCGCUGGACAGCGUGAUGGAGCGUAUCAUCGGCCUGCAGCAGCUCGUCAACACCUGGACAGACAAACUGUUGGAGAACGGUGAAUCGGAGUCUAACCGCCGCUCCACACCCUCGCCCUGCCCCUCAUCCUCCUCCAAUCACAUCCACCUGGAGGUCGAGGAGGCAGAGGAUUUGGGGCCAGGAGACAUGGAGGGGGAGGGUGAAGGGGACGAGGAGAGCCUAGAGAAGGAGUCUGCGGAUGGAGAUGAUCCUGAGGCACAGUCACCACCAUGUAGUAUCAGACGGAGCCAGCACCACUGGUCCAGCGAGCAGAGUCUUCCAUCAGUUACCCCCAGCAGCUCAGGAGUCGAGGCCCAGUCUGUUUCUCAACUUCACCUUCUGCAGAAACUCUCCCUGCUUAAACUCACUGCUCUCAUGGACAAGUACUCCCCAUCUAGCAAGCAGGGCUGGAACUGGACAUUCCCCAAGCCUCCGAGGAAGACCAAAGCCCCAGAGCUGAAGGGCAGGAGGGUGUUUGGUGUACCCCUCCUCCACGGUGUGCAGCAGACAGGGGAACCACUACCCCCCAGCAUCCUCAAGGCCAUCAUUUUUCUGAGGACAGAGUGUCUCGAUCAGGUGGGUCUGUUUCGAAAGUCGGGGGUGAAGUCUCGUAUCCAGUACCUGCGCGACAUGGUGGAGGCGGACCCAGAGGCCGUGUCCUACGAGGGCCAAUCAGCUUUUGACGUGGCUGAUUUGGUGAAGCAGUACUUCAGAGACCUACCAGAACCUGUGUUCUCCAGCAAGCUCUGCAAGUCCUUUCUGCAUAUCUACCAAUACUUCCCCAAAGAGCAGCAGUUCUGUGCGGCCCAAGCAGCCAUCUUCCUCCUGCCUGAUGAGAAUCGUGAGGCCCUGCAGACACUCCUCCUCUUCCUCCGAGAUGUGGUGGGCUGCGUGGACGAAAACCAGAUGACCCCCACCAACAUCGCUGUGUGUCUGGCCCCCUCCCUCUUCCAUCUCAACACCCUGAAGAGAGAGGACAACACAGCAAGGUCAAGCCAAAGGAAGUACAGCCUGGGUAGGCCUGACCAAAGGGACCUUAGUGAGAACCUGGCUGCCACUCAAGGCCUGGCCCACAUGGUGAUGGAGUCCCUGUGCCUCUUCAAGCUUCCAGAGUUCUGGCCGGGCCAGAGUGUGAGCAACCCCAGUGAGGAGACUGUCUGGGUGGAUGGGGGUCGGAGUUCGCCCUCUCAGGGUGGGGAGGAGGAGCAGGAUGAGAGGGCCAGACUGGUCCAGACCACCCAGCACCUGUUGAGAGAGGCCAGGGAGAAGAGUAGAGGCUGGGAGUCCUGCUCUGGACCAGACAAUGUGGACCUGGUUUUUAAGAAGGUCGAUGAUGGCUGGCCCCUGCGGUUGUGGAAGGGCUCUGUUGAGGUAGAUGCUCCCCAGAAAGAGGCCCUCCAGCGGGUCCUGAGGGAGCAUGGGCACUGGGAGAAGACCCUCAAACAGUCUGCAGUAGUCCAGACCCUGACCAAGGACACCGAGGUCUACCGCUACCUCCUGCAAGGCCUGGGAUCCCGGCCACCACAGGAGCACCUGCUGCUGAGGACCUGGCAGUCAGACCUGUCGGCUGGCCCUGCUUAUGUGUCGGCUGUGUCUACAGAGCACCGUGAGGCACCCAUGGAGGGGGUGAGAGCCCAGGUCCGCUCUUGUCUCUACCUGGUAGAACCCCUGGGGGCCAAGAGGUCCCGACUUACACACCUCUGUCGUACAGAUACAAGGGGCCGGUCCCAGGAGUGGCACAACAGAGUGAGUGGACACCUACUGGCUUCCAACCUGUUGGCUAUCAGGGACUCCUUCAGAUCUGACCAUAGAGAGACCAAGAUCUGAGUCAUAGUCCCGAGACAGAGCCCAGGCCGUCGAGCCGAAAGAGGAGAACAACACAAACAAACAGAGACAGAAGCCUCCAGGCAUACCGCUGUAGCAGAGGAAAUGAAAGAGGGAGUAGAAGGCAAGAGAGGAGGGGGAGCUGAGAAGUUGUCUUAAACCCGAGACCUGAUGUGAAUUCCAGAAGCGGACUCACAGCAGGGGUCGUCUGAUGAAGUGUUCAGGCGGAGGCGGCAGAGCUUUGCGUUAUCAAGAGUGACUCGGGAGCCUGUCACCGUAAUGAAAUGUCUCAUCCCAUUUAAGUGACUGUUUCAGGCCUAAUGCAUGGCAGGGGGGCCUCCGGCAGAGAGUUGGAACAGGGCCUUGUGUGACAGUUCAGUAGAAAAUAUACCUUUUUGCGAAUAAAACCCUCGGUUGGUCACACUUUCAAGCAGGGCAAAGUCAAGGAUUUAGGAAAGCCUUGUCUUGCAGUUGAGAACUGAGGAGAUUCUCUUGUACAUGUGCCAUUGUGACAGAUAUCCAGCGAGGCAGGUUGCGGUCCUCGACACUGUACUCUGUAAAUUAUUUUACUGUCAAAAAAAUAUCAUUACUUAAUUUUACUUGUAUGUGUGUAUUUGACUUGACACUUCAGUGUUGCUCUGGUUUUAAAGUGUGUCUAAUGUUGUAAACUUAAAUGUAUGACGCAGUAUGUUUAUACAUGUACAUAUUCAUAAAUGUGUGCUUUAUCUUAUUAAAUGUAUUAUUAAAUGGCUUAUAUUUCUUAAAAUUAAACAAAAUAUGUAUUUAGCAAUAGUAAGAGAUUUAUUUAAAUAUUGUUUUUUAAGAUAAAAAAAUGGCAGCGUACCUUUUUUGUAAUAAGUGUGCUGAAUUGAAAUGAUACAUCAAUAAUGACAAUUGAUUAAAAUGUUGAUUUCUCUAU